AUGAUUCGGGCUGUUAUUUUUGAGUCCGCUCAUAGACGAUUUAUUUCUAAGGUUCUUAAUGCUUCCUCGUCAACUGCAUCUUCAACACCACCGACCAAGACUACAUAUGGCCCGUUGGCCGACGAGGACCGAAUCUUCACCAACUUGUACGGUCGCCACGAUUGGCGUCUUCAAGGUGCCAUGAAACGAGGCCAUUGGUACAAAACUAAGGAAAUUUUGUUAAAAGGCUCUGAUUGGAUUAUCGAGGAAGUGAAAAAAUCCGGUUUACGUGGUCGUGGCGGAGCUGGUUUUCCUUCGGGUAUGAAAUGGAGCUUUAUGAACAAGCCCAGUGACGGCAGGCCGAAAUACUUGGUUGUCAACGCCGAUGAGGGUGAACCGGGGACUUGUAAAGAUCGCGAAAUAAUGCGACAUGACCCGCACUCUCUGAUUGAGGGUUGCUUAAUUGCCGGUCGAGCUAUGGGCGCACAUGCAGCAUACAUCUACAUCCGUGGCGAGUUCUUCAAUGAAGCUUCAAACAUGCAAAUGGCUCUUCGCGAGGCGUACGACGCUGGGCUACUCGGGAAGAACGCCUGUGAUUCAGGCUACGACUUCGAUGUAUACAUACAUCGUGGCGCCGGCGCCUACAUUUGUGGUGAAGAAACGGCACUUAUCGAGUCAAUCGAGGGAAAACAAGGAAAGCCACGUCUCAAACCACCUUUCCCUGCAGAUAUCGGGCUGUUUGGAUGUCCGUCCACAGUGACGAAUGUGGAAACGGUGGCAGUCUCUCCGACCAUUUGCCGUCGGGGUGGUACAUGGUUCGCUGGAUUUGGACGUGAGCGCAACCACGGCACCAAGUUGUUCAAUAUAUCAGGUCACGUGAACAAUCCCUGCACAGUCGAGGAGGAAAUGUCGAUCCCUCUGCGUGAUCUGAUUGAACGGCACGCUGGUGGCGUGAUUGGCGGAUGGGAUAACCUUUUGGCCGUGAUACCCGGUGGCAGUUCUGUUCCACUCAUCCCGAAAAGUGUUUGUGAUACGGUCCUCAUGGAUUUCGACGCGCUUGUGGAAGCCAAAAGCGGUUUGGGCACAGCAGCCGUAAUUGUAAUGAAUCGCUCCGCUGAUGUUGUCCGUUGCAUCCAUCGUCUCAUACGAUUCUACGAGCAUGAAAGUUGUGGUCAGUGCACCCCCUGUCGAGAGGGUUGUCGAUGGAUGGGUCAAAUUUUGGGUCGUUUCGUGCAAAAUAAAGCCGCGACUACGGAAAUCGAUAUGCUUUGGGAGUUAUCCAAGCAAAUGGAAGGCCAUACCAUUUGCGCCUUGGCAGAUGGAGCCGCCUGGCCCGUUCAGGGUCUCAUUCGGCAUUUUCGUUCGGAAUUAGAAAAUAGGUUCGCCAAGGUGGGUAUCCGUCUACCGGAAGAGAAGCGAAAACACGUGAUCGGCGCCAAAGAAGCUCCCGCCUACAUCUGAUACGAGUUUCAUCCUUCUUUCUGGGACCGGUAGUCAACACGCAGCUUAGCUGAGUAUGCAAAAUUAUCUCUUUCGGCUCGUUUAUGCAAUAUAACCUGAAGGUUAUACAUCCAUGUAACCGUUGCUCCUUUUCGAUGCGAUGUCCAUAGUAUCUUUGUUGAUAUUCCGUUACCGUACAGUCACGGUGCCAUUUUUCACUCAGCAAUGGCUCUUGCAUGUCUUCCUGCUUCUGGUUACCGAUUGCCUUUGUCGGAACAGGCGGUAUCUGUUUCGUCUUAGUUCCAUGUAACUGCUGUCCUUUACUCUGUCUAAAACGAUGUAAACUACAGUCUUGUGUUUUUUCUACUCUGUACCGACGCAUGUCACAUGCGCUCAACAUCACCAAUGACUAGUCGCACCG